CGAUGGCGGCGGCCGGGGCUGCCGGGGCGGCCGGGGUGCCGGCGGCCGUGUCCGACAAGCAGGAGUUUUACCAGCUGCUGAAGAACCUGAUCAAUCCGAGCUGCAUGGUGCGGAGACAAGCGGAGGAGAUCUAUGAGAAUAUCCCAGGUCUGUGUAAAACUACCUUCCUUUUAGAUGCCGUCAGGAACAGGAGAUCAGGUUAUGAGGUGAGACAAAUGGCUGCCGCACUGCUACGGAGGCUUUUGUCCUCCGGGUUUGAGGAGGUUUACCCAAACUUGCCUCCUGAGGUCCAGAGGGAUGUCAAGAUAGAACUGAUCCUGGCCGUGAAGUUAGAAACCCACGCCAGCAUGAGGAAAAAACUCUGUGACAUAUUUGCGGUGCUGGCCAGGAAUUUGAUAGACGAGGGUGGCACGAACCACUGGCCGGAAGGUCUGAAGUUCCUCGUUGAUGCCAUCUACUCUAAAAAUGUGGUCCUGUGGGAAGUUGCGCUUCACGUCUUCUGGCACUUCCCAGGGAUUUUCGGGAACCAGGAGCGGCACGAUUUGGAUAUCAUCAAACGUUUGCUGGACCAGUGUAUUCAAGAUCAAGAGCAUCCGGCCAUCAGGACCCUAGCUGCCAGGGCCGCAGCUGCAUUUGUCCUCGCUAACGAGAAUAACAGCGCUCUUUUCAAAGACUUUGCAGACUUGCUUCCUGGAAUCUUACAGGCUGUGAAUGACUCGUGCUACCAAGAUGAUGACUCCGUGUUAGAAUCCCUGGUUGAAAUCGCAGACACGGUGCCCAAGUACUUGGCUCCUUACCUAGAAGACACUCUCCAACUGAGUCUGAGGUUAUGCGGAGACUCCCGGCUCAGUAACCUGCAGCGCCAGCUGGCCCUCGAAGUCCUCGUGACCUUGUCUGAAACGGCAACCCCCAUGUUGAAAAAACACACAAGUAUUAUUGCCCAGGCAAUUCCUUAUAUAUUGGCCAUGAUGGUUGAGCUACAGGAUGAUGAAGACUGGGUGAAUGCCGAUGAGAUGGAAGAAGAUGAUUUUGACAGCAACGCGGUGGCUGCUGAGAGUGCCCUGGACAGACUGGCUUGUGGGCUUGGCGGCAAAGUUGUGCUGCCCAUGACCAAGGAGCAUGUCCUACAGAUGCUUCAGAGCCCCGACUGGAAGUACCGGCACGCUGGACUAAUGGCCUUGUCUGCCAUCGGAGAAGGGUGCCAUCAGCAGAUGGAACCGACUCUGGAGGAAACCGUUAACUCCGUUUUGCUUUUUCUUCAGGAUCCUCACCCAAGGGUGAGGGCUGCGGCCUGCACCACGCUUGGACAGAUGGCUACAGACUUUGCGCCGAGUUUCCAGAAGAAAUUCCACGAAACGGUCAUUGCGGCUCUGUUGCGUACCAUGGAAAAUCAAGGUAAUCAGCGCGUGCAGUCCCACGCGGCUUCCGCUCUCAUUAUUUUUAUUGAAGACUGCCCCAAGUCGUUGCUGGUCCUGUACUUGGAUACUAUGGUGAAAAACCUACAUUCCAUUCUGGUGAUUAAACUUCAGGAAUUGAUUCGCAGUGGAACUAAACUGGCUUUAGAACAACUCGUGACCACUCUUGCCUCGAUUGCAGAUACGAUAGAAGAGAAAUUUGUUCCCUAUUAUGACCUGUUUAUGCCCUCGCUAAAGCACAUCGUUGAGCUUGCUGUCCAGAAGGACCUCAAGCUUCUGAGAGGAAAGACCAUCGAGUGCAUCAGCCACAUUGGACUUGCUGUUGGCAAGGAAACGUUCUUGCAGGAUGCGUCGGGGGUGAUGCAGCUCUUGUUGAAGACUCAAUCUGACUUAAACAACAUGGAAGAAGAUGACCCGCAGACCUCCUACAUGGUCUCGGCUUGGGCUAGAAUGUGUAAAAUUCUUGGACAAGAUUUUCAACAGUACCUGCCCCUGGUGAUCGAGCCUCUGAUUAAGACGGCCUCAGCUAAACCUGACGUAGCUCUCCUGGACACGCAGGACGUGGAGAACAUGAGCGAUGAUGAUGGCUGGCAGUUUGUAAAUCUUGGAGACCAGCAAAGUUUUGGAAUUAAAACUUCAGGACUCGAAGCGAAAGCAACUGCUUGCCAGAUGUUGGUUUACUACGCCAAGGAGUUGAAAGAAGGAUUUGCGGACUAUACAGAGCAGGUUGUGAAGCUUAUGGUUCCUUUACUGAAAUUUUACUUCCACGACAAUGUGCGGGUGGCAGCAGCAGAGUCUAUGCCGUUUCUCCUGGAAUGUGCCAAAACGCACAGCCCGGAGCAUCUUUCCCAGAUGUGGCAGUCCAUAUGCGAUCCUUUAAUCAAAGCUAUCGGAACCGAACCUGAUACGGACGUCCUCUCCGAAAUCAUGAACUCCUUUGCCAAGUCCAUUGAAGUCAUGGGAGACGGCUGCCUUAGCGAUGAACAUUUGGAGGAAUUAGGAGGGAUAUUGAAAACCAAACUCGAGGGUCACUUUAAAAACCAGGAAUUGCGACAGGUGAAAAGACAGGAAGAAAACUAUGACCAACAGGUGGAGAUGUCCCUGCAAGAUGAGGAUGAAUGUGAUGUGUAUAUUCUAACCAAAGUAUCAGAUAUUCUGCACUCGUUAUUUAGCACUUACAGGGAAAAGAUUCUACCCUGGUUUGAACAGUUACUUCCGCUAAUUGUCAAUCUGAUCUGUUCCAGUAGGCCAUGGCCGGACAGGCAGUGGGGACUGUGCAUAUUUGAUGAUAUCAUAGAGCAUUGCAGUCCCACUUCAUUUAAAUAUGUAGAAUAUUUCCGGUGGCCGAUGCUCCUGAACAUGAGAGAUAACAACCCGGAAGUUAGGCAAGCCGCUGCCUAUGGCCUGGGCGUCAUGGCGCAGUUCGGUGGUGACGAUUACCGUUCCUUGUGCUCCGAAGCCGUCCCACUGCUGGUGAAAGUCAUCAAGUGCGCAAACUCCAAAACCAAAAAGAAUGUCAUUGCCACGGAGAACUGCAUCUCAGCCAUAGGGAAGAUUCUAAAGUUCAAGCCUCACUGUGUCAACGUGGAUGAAGUGCUCCCCCACUGGUUAUCCUGGCUGCCGCUGCACGAAGACAAAGAGGAAGCCCUUCAGACUUUGAAUUUUCUCUGUGACUUAAUUGAAAGUAAUCACCCAUUGGUCAUUGGUCCAAAUAAUUCCAAUCUGCCCAAAAUACUCAGUAUCAUUGCCGAAGGCAAAAUUAAUGAGACGAUUAACUAUGCGGACCCUUGCGCCAAACGCCUAGCUAGUGUUAUCCGGCAGGUGCAGACUGCGGAAGCGUUGUGGUUGGAAUGCUUAUCCCAACUCAGUGACGAGCAACAGGAAGCCUUACAGGAGUUACUAGAUUUUGCUUGAAAUAUUUAAUAUGACUUGAAUGUGUCAUCUAGAAAGAGUAACACAAAUAAGUGUUGUGAGUGGUUCCCAUUGCAAUUGACAGCACUGUUUUCUCCCCGUGAAACAGCUGAUAACAUUACUUCCUUAUGUUUCCUCCAGGGUUAGUCAGUGUUAAAAGCCUCCUGUUUACCUCGCAUGUUUUACCUUUAAACACAGACUUUGGGCAUAGCCUGUGCUUCCAGUUGUCUUAUUAGAAUGUUUCUCACCUUUUGCCUAAUUAAUGUGAAGUAUGUAAAUUGUUGUGAUUUGUCUGAAAUCAUUAAUGCUGCGAAAGCAGUACACUUGGUGUUAAGGUGUUGUUGCUGUCCUAAGAUGUUAAGAGCUCCUGAAGAGAAGGUACACACAUUUCUGGGAUGAACAUCUUUGGAAUUGGGUGAAGGAAAUAGUGGCAGGUUUAUCCCUCCUUGAUAAUACUUCUUGCUUUCAUAGCAAUAGGAGGAUACCCAAACUGAGAGUUUUGAGAGAGCGCAAUGCGAAUGGGGAUUUGCUGUGUAAUGGAAGUGAACUUCAACAGUGAGAGCUAGAUGGGACGGAAUUAUAUUCCACUUCCCAAGUUGUCCAUCUGAUACUUUUGAGAACCUUUAAAGCUCCUUAGCUACACUGCCUUUUAAAUAAUAAUAAUAAUAAUAAUAAUAAUAAUAAAGUUAUCCAGAAUUCCAAGAAUUCACAGUUUCUGAAAAGGCAGUCUUGGUCCUUCUAACAUUGGUAGCAUGUAACAUACUGUACACAGCAUUUGACAAAUAGUAAGUAUCCGUUAUGUGUGGCAGUCCGUGUUAUAUGUGUUCUAUGUUACAUUGGUAGCAUGUAGCAUACUGUAUCACAGUGUUUGACAAACAAUAAGUAUUCGAUAUGUUACAUGUUUCGGCAGAGCGGCAGAGCGUUGCUUUGUGUAAGCAUCCCAGUCUUCUCCCUGCAAAGCAACUCAACAAAAAAGAAGCCCUGAUUCAGAAUGGGGCUUACAUAGAUUUCUAUUUUGAAGCCAUUCAUGACAGAUUCUAUAGUCGCACUAAAGAAUAUUUUAUCCCAAGAGUGAAAUAUAAGUGAGUAUAAUAUUAUCAAAACACACGGAAAACGAAACCGUUUUGAGUCUAGUGAUUUAGCCAUAGAUAGGCAUUAUAAGAAAAAAGCUCUAUAAAUCCAGGACUAAUUACAAUAAUUGAAAUGUUGGUCUUUAAUGUCGAGCUUUUUGUAGGGUAGAAAAAAACUCUAUUUAGCAAGUCAUUGAUCCAAAACUUAAAAAAAAAAAAAAAAAAAGAAAGAAAAACCCACAUGUAUUGUGAUUUCCUGGGGCUCCUGUGAGUACUGUGUAUGUAAAGUAUUUAGCAAAUAUUUAAGAUCCAGUAAGUACUCAAUAAAGUGUCACU